CGCCACCCCCUCCCGCCCUGUUCUCUAUCUGGUCGGGUCCGGCCCGGCCGGCACCACGAGCGCCCGGCAGAGACUGAGGGAGAGAGAAAGAGGAGGGGAGGAGGAGGAGGAGGAUUCAGGGAGUAGGAGCUGGGGAGCCCUCCUGCGCCACAGAGACCAGCAAUUUAGAAGUGCAAGAGUUGUGAACCUUCUAUAAGUGAUGACAUCAAUUAAAAUACUUCAAGUUUUAGGUGUACAGCAUUGUACUUCAACAUCUGUAUACACCACAAAGUGGUCACUACUGCAAGUCUGGAUUACCAUCCAUCACCAUCUGUUUGACUCUCUUCAUUUGUUUUGCUCACCCCCAACCGCCUUCUGAAAAUUUCCAGAGACUUGGUGAAGAUAGGAAAGCUAUCAGAAAGACUAUAGCACUAUUGUACUGUAUUUGCUGUUUUUCCUGCAGCUCAGUUGAGGGAUAACUCAGCCGAUCUCUAUUUCUUGAUUCUUUACUUCCGAUUGGCCAACCAAGACUUUUAUUUGGCAAACUCUGUUGUACAGAGCCUGACGUCAUCUAUGACCCAUAACAAGAGCACGCGUUUUCAAGUGUCAGUUAGAUUUGUGGAUCAAUAAAGUUUUCUUGAAAGGUGGUCACUCUUGGUGACAUUGUCCAGUUCUCACAAUGUAUCAUUCCUUAUCUGAAACUAGACAUCCUCUGCAGCCAGAAGAACAAGAAGUGGGCAUUGACCCCUUGUUGAGUUACUCACACAAGCCUGGAGGAGAUUCAAAUCAAAAUGGAAGAAGAACAAGUUCUACUUUAGACUCUGAUGGAACUUUUAAUUCCUAUAGGAAAGAAUGGGAAGAACUAUUUGUAAACAACAAUUACUUGGCAACAAUAAGGCAGAAGGGGAUUAAUGGGCAGCUGAGAAGCAGCAGGUUCCGCAGCAUUUGCUGGAAGCUCUUUCUUUGUGUUCUUCCUCAAGAUAAAAGUCAGUGGAUAAAUAGAAUUAAAGAAUUAAGAGCAUGGUAUAGCAACGUUAAAGAAAUACACAUCACAAACCCGAGGAAGGUUGUUGGCCAGCAAGACUUGAUGAUCAAUAAUCCCCUUUCCCAGGAUGAAGGGAGUCUUUGGAACAAAUUCUUCCAGGAUAAAGAACUUCGGUCAAUGAUUGAACAAGAUGUCAAAAGAACGUUUCCUGAAAUGCAGUUUUUCCAACAAGAAAAUGUGAGAAAAAUUCUUACAGAUGUUCUUUUCUGUUAUGCUAGAGAAAACGAGCAGUUGCUUUAUAAACAGGGCAUGCACGAGCUGUUGGCUCCAAUGGUCUUCACCCUCCACUGCGACCACCAAGCCUUUCUUCAUGCCAGCGAGUCUGCACAGCCAAGUGAGGAAAUGAAAACUCUCUUGAACCCUGAGUAUCUGGAACAUGAUGCCUAUGCAAUGUUCUCACAACUUAUGGAAACUGCUGAACCUUGGUUUUCUACUUUUGAGCAUGAUGGUCAAAAGGGGAAAGAAACCCUGAUGACUCCUAUCCCCUUUGCUAGACCACAGGAUUUGGGGCCAACAGUUGCUAUUGUUACUAAAGUCAACCAGAUCCAGGAUCAUCUACUGAAGAAGCAUGAUAUUGAGCUUUACAUGCACCUGAACAGACUAGAAAUUGCACCACAGAUAUAUGGGUUACGGUGGGUACGGCUGCUGUUUGGAAGAGAGUUCCCCCUGCAGGAUCUUCUGGUGGUCUGGGAUGCCUUGUUUGCAGAUGGCCUCAGCCUGAGUUUGGUUGAUUAUAUCUUCAUAGCCAUGUUACUCUACAUCCGAGAUGCUUUGAUCUCUAGUAACUACCAGACCUGUCUUGGCCUUCUGAUGCAUUACCCACUCAUCGGGGAUGUUCACUCGCUGAUUCUUAAGGCUCUGUUCCUUCGUGAUCCCAAGAGAAAUCCAAGACCAGUGACUUAUCAAUUCCAUCCAAAUUUAGAUUAUUACAAAGCCCGAGGAGCAGACCUCAUGAAUAAAAGCCGGACCAGUGCCAAAGGUGCUCCCCUGAAUAUAAAUAAGGUCUCUACUAGCCUGAUGAAUUUUGGAAGAAAGUUGAUUUCUCCGGCAACGGCCCCGUGCGGUGCGGAUGGCCCAGUACCGGGAGGCAGUGGCGGUACCUCCUCCCCGGCUGUGGUUCCCCCCAGGACCCUAGCAGAGGCCCCCAAGCAUCCUCUGCAGCAGCAGCAGAGGCUGAUGAAAUCGGAAAGCAUGCCAGUGCAGCUGAACAAAGGCGAUGUAGUUACAGGAAGCGAUGCUCAGGUUUCUGUUCCUGUCCAGACCCUAACUGACCUCCCAGGACAAAGCUCUAAAAACAUCCGUUCAUCUCCAAGCAUUGAGAGUUUGCCUGGAGGAAGAGAGGUCACUGGCUCCCCACCUUCAUCUGCUACUAAAAAGGAUUCCUUUUUCAGCAACAUCUCCCGUUCACGCUCACACAGCAAAACUAUGGGCAGAAAAGAAUCUGAAGAAGAAUUAGAAGCCCAGAUUUCCCUCCUUCAAGGACAGUUGAAUGACCUGGAUGCCAUGUGCAAAUACUGUGCAAAGGUGAUGGACACUCAUCUUGUAAAUAUUCAAGAAGUGAUACUACAAGAAAAUUUGGAAAAAGAAGAUCAAAUUCUGGUUUCCCUGGCAGGACUAAAGCAGAUCAAAGACAUUCUAAAAGGUUCCCUGCGUUUCAACCAGAGCCAGCUGGAAGCCGAGGAGAACGAGCAGAUCACCAUCUCAGACGACCACUACUGCUCCAGCGGCCAGGGCCACCUGCCCAGGGCCGCCAAGCAGGCCCCUUCAGCAGCGCCGGGGUGCAUGGAGAAAGGCGACACGGACGACUUCAUCCUCGUCUCCAAAGACGACGAAGGGGGCGGCGCCAGGGCGCCCCCGGUGGGCCGGGCUCAGGCCCCGCGGCCCCUCCGGAGCUUGGCCCGGCGCGCCCCGGUGUUCUCAGACCCGCUGACCGGCCCAGCCUCGGCCUCGGCCUCGUCCGGCAGCCCCAGCUCCAGCCCCGACGACGACAGCAGCGGCAACAGCAAGGACUCGGGCUUCACCAUCGUGAGCCCCCUGGACCUCUGACCGCCGCCCGGCCACCCCCGCAGCCCCGUGAAGACGCCUCUGAAACCCAGCCUCUUCCCAGCGCGCACGUGGCCUUGGUGCAGCCCUUGAAACCUGCGGAGAGAAGCAGGGGGCCCGCUGAGCACGCCGGCAGACCUUCCCCAAAGUGCAGACGGCUUUUCCCUGUAGCUCACCCGGCCCCGCCAGUAAGGUCCCCAGCAUCACACUCACUGUCCAAAAAGACCAAAGCACAGCUAGGAUCACUUGCUCUGCCCUCUCCUCCCCAGCGAAGAAGGUGUGGCCACUCCAUCCGGUGUGUCUAGAAGGAAGAAGUGGGUUUCAAAUCUUCCCUCCCCCAGAGCAUCAGGCAUAGGAAAACUGAUAUCAAGAGAACACUCUCUCGGGAAAUCUGUAUCUCAGCCUAUUUCAUACUUCGUUCCUCCCUUGGGAAGCCACACAGUAGAGGCCAGGUGCAACCAAAUGGACUAGACCUAGUGGAUCCCAGGGCUGGAAAAAACCUCCCACAUAGUUACAGCGCGCUUUAGGAACAGGGUCUAAACUUAGGAGUCACAUUUACCUGCGACCCGGUUCCAGUUUUCUUCAUGUGUGAAAGAAUACAUUUCUAAACCUCAGAUCACAUCAACUCUGGCCAUCACUGCCCCUCCUUAAACAAUUGUAUUUCAUCCUUUAGAAUCUUUCUUAGUCAGAAAAGAGGGUCACUUAGCCGCGAAUAAGCCAUGACUGUGUGCUCUGCUGAUUUGGGUCAUCGAGUGCUGCCUGGAGUGGGAUCUGGACAAGCAGGAGAAACACUGCGACUUGGGGGACAACCCCCCAGCAAGUGCGCCUGCUUUUUUCCUUUGAAGAGAGGGGUCAAAAGAAGGCUGACUUUCUUAGCACGGAAACGUGGAGCAAACCCUGGGCUGGGUCACUCCCCCGACAGACUUUGUGACCUCGGGCACCGCAUUUUAUUGCUUUUGUCUGCAACAUCUGCAUCUGGGAAAGGACACGUCAGAUGGAAUGAUCUCAUAGACCCCCUUCGGUUUUGAAGUUUGCUGAUUCUAAAAGCCUAUAUGAACCCUAGCCAAUGACAGGUGCCUUGGUCUCAGAGUCAUUUAAGUCACAUAUUAGAUAAUAUCUGCCAUUACUAUAAAUGUAGCAAUUUUUUUCAAUUUUGUAAUAUUUUAAGUCAUUUUUUAUGAUUUCUUGAUUUUUCACUGAAUAUUGCUAUUUACUUGUCAGCUAAGUUCAAGGAUUGCUAACAGUAAUCUAAGUUACACAUUAUUUUAUUUCUCAGUCUACAAAUCUACUUUUAAUUCUUUACUAGUUUCUACAUAUUUUUGUUUUUGUUUUUGUUUUUGUUUUUUUCCAAUGUAGAGUUCAUUUCCGAGCUAAGAGCCUAAGCUGCUGGCUGGUUGCUGGCUGGUGUGAGCAGGAAACCACACUAUUAUUCAAGUAACAGAGAGGUUUAAUUUUCUGACUGGAAUGACAUUGAGUGCAGACCAGUGGAGAUGUACACCUUAAUUUAAGCACACUAUCAGCAGGCAAAUGACAAGAACUGGGAAAAGAAGGAAUUGUUUUGUAAAAGGAUAUUUCAGGGUCUGGGAAUAAAUAAAUAAAUUCAAUAUAUCAGCCUGAGCAUUUCCCUAACUGUGAUGAAAUAAUGAGGCACCAAGUUGUGGAUUCCACAUAGGUAUCUGGCGUACUUACCUGAGUCAAUGAAAACAAUAUGGACAAAUGAAAAAGCAGUUAUUGAAGAUUUAGAAAGCUUUUACCCUUCCAAAAUUUGAGAGCAGUUUGCUUUAGGAGAAGCAGUAAUUAGGCUUCAGUGUCCAGUAGGUUUUCUAAAAUAGCACGCAGUUUCACUGAUUUGGACAAUAAAGUCUUGGAUUAAAGACGGCUGGCCAGGGGAGCAUGGCACCCAUUCCAGCCCCUCCACCUGCCACUGGCUUACUGUCUGCACCAUGUCCAGGUUCACUCCCCUACGGCACGAAUCAACAGGCUGAGAAGGGGGAAGAGGUGUCGGUUGCUUUACUGACAGCUGCCACUAUGUAAAGUCAUGGCUGCUCUAUGUACUAAAAGCAAAAUGUCAAGCCAGACAAGCAACUUAUUUUUGACAAAGCUGUUCAC